CUCUGUGUGUGUGUGUGUGCGUUUGCACAAAUGCAUGCUGUAUUUAUGCUGUGUGUGUGGACAUAAUAAUGAGAUGAUAUUGUCCAUCGCUCAGAUGCUGAUUUACUCCCACAUGCAAGAACAAAGAGAGUGUUUCUACCAGCACAGAUGAGAGUCCAACAACAGCACAACACACACAGACGCUCCUCAGACACUAGUGAAUCAGUGUUCGGUUGACGAUCAGUCAUGGCAAACACAGGUCUUCAGGUGAUGGGUCUGGUCCUGGGCGUGGCAGGCUGGGCGUUCGGGAUCCUGGUCUGUGCUGCCCCCUGGUGGCGCGUGUCGGCAUUCGUGGGGGACGAGCUGGUGGUGUCUCAGGUGCUGUGGGAGGGGCUGUGGAUGACGUGUUUGUCACAGUGGGGCCGUCUGCAGUGUAAAGUCUAUGACUCCGGCCUCGCCCUCUCAAGCUCCGCCCAGAUGUGCCGCGCCCUGUGCGUGCUGUCGCUGCUCCUGUGUCUGCUGGCGCUCCCGCUCUGUGUGACCGGGCUCAAGUGCACCCGCUGCCUGGGGGACGCGCACGAGACCAAAGCUCGGCUGGUGCGGGUCGGUGCCCUGCUCUUUGUCGCGGCUGCGUUUUUCUUCUUUUUGCCAGUGUGUUGGACCGCGUAUGUCAUAAUACGUGAUUUCCACGACCCGAACGUCGCUGCCCCACUUAAACGCGAGCUAGGAUCGGCGCUCUACCUGGGAUGGGGCGUGACUGUGCUGCUACUGGUGGGAGGGGCUUUGCUGUAUUUAGGCUCCGCCUCCCCUGGAGCUCCAGCCAUGCCUGUUUUUGGAAAAAGCGCCAAAGGAAACCCUCCGUCCACAGCAGAGAGCAAACCUGAGAAAGUCUUUGUGUAAGAGAGCGUAAAAGACUCAGCCUGGAUAAACUGUGUCCUAGUGCUCAUCUAGAAGCCUUAAUCUGCAGGAAUAUUAUCAUGUAUUCACUGUUAUGUCAUUCAAAAACUGUACGCUGUUUUUGUUGUUCCAUAGACUUUAUGCAGCUUAUUUAUUUGAUUUUAAUUGGCUCUUUAUUAUCCAUUUUUAUGUACAAUUGUAUUUGCCCUGCUGAAGAACAAAAAAAUACAGCUAAACCCAGCUUACACUGGUUG